UGGAAUGGUCUCCGCCCUCUUUAGCUUCGUCUUCCUCCUAUUCAGCACAGCAGAGCACGGCUUAUCCUCUAACGAUCUCAAUGGCGUGCCGCGCUGUAGAGAGCUGGACUCUCACCUCCCUUGUGGGCGCUUACCUCGACCUAACCCUAGCCUACCUCUUUCUCCUCGGAGCCACCAUCGCCUUCUUUGUUUCGAAGCUACUCUCUCUCGUCGGUCUCUCUCUCCCCUGCUCCUGCGAUGGACGAUUCGCCCACCCUUUCUGCGCACAAACGAGCCUACUCCUCGACUUCCCCAGCACCAAUAUCGCCGCCGUACAACGCUCGCUUCGCUCCCGCUUCCCUUAUGAUUCCCUAAUCCCCGCCGGUGCUUCCCACUCUCCCCGAUGUUGCUGUGCCGUUCAAUACCCUAGCGAAGAUUGCGAUUUGCCGCCGCUGCCGCCUCCGCCGCCCGAUUCGCCGGAGGAACCUUUGGUUCAUCCUGAUCCUGGGUUUUCUAUCUCUAAUGUGGAGAAGUGUUGCUCGACGUCGGCUGAGAUGUUUUCCGGCGGCCCAUGGGACUCUGAUGAGGAAGGUUUAAGGGAAGAGACUGCAACUAGAGAGAAGGAUUCAUGUAUUGGUGAUCGAGGCCUGAUGGGAUGCGACAAAGGGGUGAUUUUGAAGAUGAGUAGCUUGGAAAGGGAGCUCGAGGAAGAGAGACAGGCUCUUGCAGCUCUAUACCUUGAAUUGGAGAAGGAGAGGAGCGCGGCUGCCAGUGCUGCGGAUGAGGCAAUGGCAAUGAUAUUGCGGCUUCAAAAGGAGAAGGCCGAGAUAGGCAUGGAGGCUCGACAGUAUCAACGAAUGGUUGAGGAGAAAUCUGCUUACGAUGAGGAAGAGAUGGAGAUUCUUAAGGAGAUCAUAGUGAGGCGAGAGAGGGAGAAGCACGUGCUGGAGAAGGAGGUCGAAAUGUAUAAGGAAAUGUUGAAUUCUGGAGAAAGAUUUGAGCAGGAAUUUGAUGCUGGUGAGAACUUUUUGGAAGAAAAGUUGGAUACUUUGGUUGAUUUCUCAGAUGAUCCCAUGUUGAUGCUGCAACAAAUCUAUAAAUCGUUUGGAAAGAUGGAAGAAUCAAGUGAUUUUGGACCUAGAUCUUCACCUAUUAUGAAUUCAAGCGUGGCUUUGCAAAAUUUUCUGGGUGUGAGGAAGAAUGCUAAAUUGUUUAACAGUAAUGAUAAUUGUGAUCAGGAAUUCCAGGAGAAAACCAUACUGGCAACUCAUAGCAACUCAUCUUCUUCGAAUAUACAAAAUAAUCCAUCUGUUGCUGAUUCACUUUUGAAUAAUUUAAACUCAACCUUUGAGACUGAAUAUCAUAAAGAUAUUAUUGUUAAAGAUGUUUCUGACCAGAGAUGUGAUGAAUCUUUUCUAGCUGAAGCUGAAUCAAAUAUCCUUGAUGUUCAUGUUAUAGAUGAUGACCAGUUUUUGCAGCCAGAGGAAGAUGACAAUCAAAAUAUCUCUGCUGCAGAAGAAGAUUCAUCAUGUGAAAAUUUCAAUGAAAUGGAACAAAACAUCCGAAGAAGCUGCUCAGAAAUCACAAAUAGAAUCAGUUUGAUUGAUAGCUUGUCUGGGAGAGCUUCAUGUUCCAAUCUGCGGAGUUUAUUGCCUUCUGCAGAAAGCGAAAGAUAUAAAAUUGAAAACGAAGUUGAUGUUUUAAGGAAGAGAUUAGACAUUAUCAGGAAGGGGAGGGAAAAUCUAAGUCUUUAUGUGGACCAAAAAGAAAAGGAGACCUUCCAGUUACAACUCCUUGAUGAGAUUGAAUUCCAACUUAAAGAGAUCAAGAAAGUAACAAAGCCUGCUAAAAAUCUACGGCGAGCAUCAUUACCUCCUCAGUCUUCUAAGCUGAAGGGGCACCGCAAUGUGGAAAUUUGAAGCAGCUUGAAAAACUAAAGCCUUCAUAUGGUCUGAAGCAGAAAUGUGGAAAAAGACUGUUUCUGAUGGCCGAGUCUGCUGCAGCUUCUCUCUGCAAAACAUAAUGGAUAUUGUUAUAUCAGAGGUACAUAAAUCUGUAGCUUUGUAUCAUAGCUUUAUUCAACUCUUCAUUUCAUUGCAGGCUUUGCCUUUUGUGGCCUUUGUAUAUUAAGUAAAUGUAUUGUAUUGCAGGUAUAUUAUGAUAUAUGCUAUUGUAAUGUCAAUGACAUGGUUUUAAUAGAUGUAGAGAUUUAUUAGAAAUGGUGAGUAUCUGUAGUUCAUGUUAUAUAUAAUUUUUUUGAAGAUUUGCGUACGUACCGAACAAUUCCUAUGUAUUUAAUUCUUACAUUUAUGUCACUACCAAUGCA